GUGGAAGCGUUCCCCACAAUCCUUUGCGGUGGUUCAAGAUGACGGCUCCCAGAGGUUCCGUGAGUGAUUUGGAGAGCAGCAGCAGCAGCAGUGAUGCGGAGGAACUGGCGCGGUGCCGCGAAGCGGCAAUGCCUGCCUGGGGCUUGGAGCAGCGCUCGAGGGGGCUGGAGAAGCCAAGAGCCGAUGAGGAAAACAAAGGCUUGAGGAGUACCUCACAUCCAUUGCUCGGUGGUCAUGAUGGAAGAAAUACUCCUCUCCCUUGUGAUUAUGCCUCAGAUAAUCAGUUGCUAACCACCCAGCCAAGCCUCAGGCAUAAGGUGGAUGAGCAUGAACAAGAUGGCAACGAGCUUCAGACCACCCCCGAAUUCCGAGCCUACAUAGCCAAGAAGCUGGGAGCCCUACUGGACAGCUCCAUUACCAUUUCAGAAGUCAUGAAGGAGCCAACGAAGGCUGAGAUACAGAAAGUCACCCCAGAGGAUGAUGGCUUCCGCCUUUUCUUCACAUCCAUCCCUGAAGGCCCUGCGAGGAAAGCUUCCCCCGAGCCCCGCCGAAAGCGAUUGCCUUCCAGCUCCAGCAGCGAGGAGAGCGACGAGGAGUGGCAGCGGUGCCGGGAAGCAGCUGUGUCAGCCUCCGACAUUCUCCAGGAGUCUGCCAUCCACGGCCCCGUCAGCGUGGAGAAGGAGGCAGAGAAGAAGAAAAAGAAGUCAAAAAAGAAAGCCAAGAAGGAGGCCAACGUGGACUUGGCCGCAGCCACCGCCACAAGCAAGGCCACAGUCAGCAAGCAGGAAAAGGAGUUGGCCAAGCUCAAUGGAGAACAGGCAUCACUUGGGACCAAAAAGAAGAAAAGGAAGAAAAAGGCAAAGAAGGCCAGUGAGGCCUCCCUGUUCCCACCAGCAAAGAGUGCAGCAGCUGUGCCCACAAACUGACCCCAGCCAGCGGUCACAGGGCACAAAUAGCCCCAGCGACGAGGCAUUUCCAGGACCUGCCUCCCUCUCCAAGUUCAAGGACUUGGCCAGCAAGUUCAGACUCUGCCCAAGGGUCUGAUAGGGGCUUGCCGAAGGGUUAAGGCGAAGCCUUGGUUGUAGGGUGAGAAGCCUAAGCAAGGCCUGCCCUCCUAUGCUCCCACUGGGUGCUGGGGCAGACCUGUAGUACCAGAACAUUCCAUGGCCUCAGGAAGAAGGGACCUUCCAGUUAUUCAACACUGAUGGCCAAGUGGUAAAGCUUCCAUCACCCCAUUACUGUCUGAAGAGAGCGGGUGAAGGGAAACCUUUUCCUUCUCCACAUCCUCAGCCUGUUGUGGGAGAUAAUCUUAAGAAAAUGAGGGAAGGGGUCCCCAAAGUGCCAAGGCCCAAAGAGCUUGUACUUCUCCCUUCAUACCACACAGACUGGAUAUAACAUUGAGAAAGAAAGAGA